CAAGGACCCCAACAGAUAUCAACAUGUCCUAUUACGACAUCGAUUCUAUCCUGACCGACGCACAGAAACUACCAUGCACAUUUGAGCUCGAGGUCCCCAGGCUUGGCGUGCUGGAAGGCAACGCGGGAGAAAGCGUCAAGGCGGGGACCCGUAUCGAUCUUCCACUAUGGCUUGGGGAAAUGCUGUCUAUCGGAGCACGGUUGGGGACAUCACGACUAGUGACGCUGGAUCUGCCGACAGCCUUGUCGGAGCGCGUGAUGAAUGCUCUCAAAGCGGACCCCCGGACAGUCGACCUGCGAUCGCUAGCACCGCACUUUUACAGCCUAAGCGAACGGAUCCUGGAGCUUUUUGAAGAAGAGGAGAUGGUUGAUGUCUUGAUUGAUACAUUCAAAAAACGUGCGGCAGAAAUCGCGGAUCAAGCGCAUAAUCCGCGGGGAGCAAUGGGCGAGGGCGUUGAAUUCUUGCGCGGCCUGGAUGAAACAGAGCGACAGUUAUUCCGUGUUGCUCACGACAGCGCUAAAGAAAUGCGCAUCUGGUCCGGUGAAGCUAAGAAGAGGUCAUGAUGAAGAACUAGUGGACUGGUUGAGGACUUGGUUGUGUUCCUCUCUCUCAACACCACCACCAUGAACGGGUGGCAUUACAGGUAACGCCGCUACCUGAUAGCCCGGAUAUUCAAAUGGAUCGACUAAAUGAUUAAUUCUUUGAAUGCCUUCCUGUUAUUGGUCUGAGUUCAAUUCCUGCAGCCGACACGAGAGGAAUAUCAAGUCAUAUGGCAAUAAAUAUACAGAGCACCAUGACUCGCAUAUAAGAUUCUAUAUGCUGGGGAUCCUUUCUAUAUGAGAUCAGCUUAAGUUGGGUCUCUUCUAAGGGGAAUAUUCAAGAAUAUACAAUAUACAUGGUGCACCAAAUAUAUUCUUAUGUUAUUGGCACUUUCUUUAUGGUUAAUCAAUCAAUAUAAAAUAACUGAUAUAGCCAAGAUCCUCUAAUAUAUAUUACCAUUUCCAG